CAAUGUCUCUGCCGGGCUUUCUUCCCGCCGUUGCCGCCGUUUUCCCAGAAGGCCGCGCGGUGGCGGCCGUUGCUAAGCAGCGGGAAGCGGACCUCGGCCUGUUCCGGGCCUCGUUAGGAGGAUGAAGCAGAAGAAGUCCAAGGGCUGCCCGCCCAAGCCCAGCCCUGGCCGCAAGCGUAAGGACCUCAGCGAUAUCUCCCCCUCUACAAGCUUGCCACCUCUCGUAGAAGGACAACUACGCUGUUUUCUGAAGCUGACAGUUAGCAAAAUCUUAUGGAUGAUUGCCAAGCCACCCGCUUCCAUCCUUAUCCGGGUGAGGUGGUGGGGAGAAACCUCAGAUGGAACCAUCUUUGUUCCCCGGCAUACCUCUUCGGCUGAGCAAAAAGUCGUUAAAAGCACGACCCGCUACCCAAUUCGGUGUGGACCAAAACAAUUUGUCUCCUAUUUGACAGAUAUGGGUGCUCUCAUCCUGGAAGUCAUGACCAAAUCAGAUCACCUUCCAAUUGGCCGGGUUCAAGUCAGUGGACUGGCACAGCUCUCUCCAAGCCACCCAAUCAGUGGAUUUUUUACCGUUGUCUCACCGACAUCUGAGAAGAUGGGUGAGCUGCAGGUAUCGCUUGUUCUAGAACCUCUGUCUGAAACCUACGAUAGCAGCAGCUCCGUCCCAAAUACAGAUGUGAGCUUCAAUGUUGGGCUGUCAGCCCAGGGAGCCAAAGAAACAAUGGACUCUAUCCAGUUCCUUCCACCACCACAGCUUCACAGACUGCCUAGCACAAAUAUCAUUGGGAGAGACUCAACUGGCAGUAGUAGGGCCACUACACCAAGGGGGAAAGAUCGCUUGUACUUUCAAGAGAACUCUGAGAACACAAAAGAAGGCUUUUUUGGACCUCAGCAUCACUUUAUCCCAGGACAGAAUGAUUCCUUUAAUGCAAAUGAUCCCAAGCAACAAGGGUUGUAUCCUGGUGGCUGUAAUCAUGAGGCUCAAGUUAGGUUACCCAAGGAAAGUCCAAAUCCUGUCCGUAUUCUUACUUGCAACAACCCACCCACAAAAGAUCUACUUUCAGCCCUUUUGGAUAAAGGCAAUAGACUCCGAAAUGCUAUGAUUGUAUCUGCAAUGAAAUCCAGUCCUGACCCUGGUAUAGACCUUUCCGGAGCUCAUCCUUCCAUAAAUCAAGACGUCUCCAGACAAGCCGAAAAAAACCUGAAGAACCUGCAACCAUGCCUCAUAUCUGCUGUUGAGGAUCCUCUUCAGCCACCACUCGACUGCUCAGAAUUUUAUAUACAUGCUGAAAACAGAGCAAUCCAGCUGUUGUUUGGCAGUUCUGAUUUUUCCCCUGUGCGUCUUUUGAACGGUACAGACUCCCCGCCAGAAUCUCUCUCUCCUGGGAGUGAGGUAUACGACAGUGAGCUGAACGAUCCCCACUAUGACCAGAGUCUGCUGGAGAACUUGUUCUACACAAAUCAAAAGUCUGACAGCAGCUUAAGUGACUUCCUCAGUGAAGAGGAGGAGACUGUUUCUUCUGGAAAACUAAACAGAUCUCAGAACAAGCAGCCUCGGAGGUCACAGAAGGCUUCAGCAUCUAGUCCCUUGGGUCAGAAAGGGAGGAAGACUCCAGAGACAAAACCCAGCAAUUCCCCUGUCAGACCUCUUCCUCUUCAUGAGACUUCCACGGAAGCUGCAAAGGAAACGCAAGCUGUCGACUUGAGCCUUGACAGGCUGGCCAUGCUGGGUCGGAUCCAUUUAGCCAGAGCCGUAGUUGAGAGCCUAAGGAUCCCCCCUGAGAACAGCACUCAGAGUCCUCUAGGCAAAAAAAGCUUAUCCGGAAAACCACCCAGGCCAGCAUUGGCUAAAAAGAGGACUUUCUUUGUUGAGUAUCACUUUCCAGUGGGAGCUUCAAAGAACGAAACAGGGCAGGUUGCCAUAACCACUGAAAUAGUUCGGGUAGCUUCAAGUAAAAUCUCAGGGGAAGGGGUGACGUUUCAACAGCGGUAUGUGUUCCCCGUUCACUUCAGUGGCACAAUGAUAACCCACUGGUGGAACUCGGACCUUGAGUUUAACAUCUACUUGAGAAAAGGCACAGAAAGAAAGCCACUGCUAGUCGGCUCAGCAGUUUUUCCACUGCGAGACGUUAUUCUGUCUGAACAACUAACGGUCAGCCGUGAGCUGCCUGUGAAAGAAGAUGGAUGUCUGGCCCAGCUAGGGCCUUUAAAGGUGUCUCUGGAACUUGCAGCUGACAACAAAGACUUCCCCAGCGCCAACACCAAAGCAGCAAAUGUGGCCCUGCAAGCUUCAGUGUAUGCCGUUAGGGGCCCCCGGAUAAAAUUUCAAGAAGUUGGGAGGAGCGCCACCCCUGCCGGCAGCCCCCAGAUCUUGAAGCAAAGUACUUGCCAGCUCCCAAAGAGACCCCAAGAGCCUUUGCCUACAGCCCCGGAAAGGCCCGGCAUUGGUGGGGGUCAGCAGCCAGUCCCUGCACCCGUGUCCCGUAACCUCCUGACCCAGCUAAGUGCAUCGGAAGAGGAGGGCUUACUCUUGCAUGUCCUCUUGAUGGUCCCGGAAGGGGAAGUCUUUCUUCCCAGGGAUGCUGGACUUCAUGGCUCUUGUAACAUAUAUUUAAACUGCAAACUCUUCAGCACAGAAGAAGCCACGAGGUCUGCUGUCAUAUGGGGGACCAUGCAGCCCACCUUCCAGUUUUCUCAGGUAACUCCUGUUUCAUUGACAUCUAAACAUCUGGAGAGGCUGAAGAACAAUGUCAUGGUUCUAGAGGCCUGGAAUAAGGUGCCUGGAGGCCCCGGAGGAGACCGGCUGCUAGGGCUGGUGAAGCUGCCCCUCCAUCAGUUCUAUGCUUCUUUCAAAGACCCCAAGAUUUCCAACCUACUGCUCCAGGCUCAGUAUCCAGUGCUGGCUGUGGAUGGCUCCAUGCCUGUGGUUGACGUCUUCACGGGCAAGAAAAAUGGGACCUUGAAGGUCAUUCUGGCCAUGGGCUCGGCUGAGCAGGUUGUGGCGCUGCAGAGGCUCAAGAACGACGAAGGAAUGGCGCCUCCCGUGGUGCUGCGCCCUCCGCAUUCUCUGGACCCUCUGGCUACGCCUCUUCCAAAGCAGUCGGACAGGGAACGUGAAGGGCUGAUGGAACACGUUUUUGAGAUCCACAUUGAGAGUGUCAAAGGGCUCACUCCCCUCCAGUCCACCGUCUGGGGAGAGGCUGACUGUUACGUGCAGUACCACUUUCCAGUGCAGGAGCCAGAGUCCAAUGUACUCCAUGGGACAGAGCUUUAUGAGAGUGGCCUUGGGUUGAAGCCUUUCCGCUCAGCAACUACCCUGUGUGUCCCUGACCCCGCCUUCAAUGACGAGCGGCAUCACUCCUUAAUGGUCCCUGCAGAUGUCCCUGUCCAGAGGCUGCUGCUCAGCGCUUUCUCUGCUCAGGGCUUCGGAGGAGGAGGAGGAGGAAUUCAGUUUGAAAUCUGGUGCAGGUAUUACUAUCCUAACGUGCGAGACCAGAUGGUUGCCCGAGGGAUCUUGCCGCUGUCUCGCCUGUGUGCCAUGGUGACCAGGCAGCACCGGGAGGAAGUGGGGAUCCAGACCUUUAGUCUGCCAUUAAUCCCAAGAACGGGGAGCACGGAGGAAUCCCAUCCCCGGUCCUCAGGUCUGCUUGAUGUGAGCAUAAAAUACAGGCGCUCCCUGAAAGCCACAGAAGGCAUCCUAGCAGCUCAAACGGUCUCUAUUUCUGUUCAGAUACAUGUAGCAGCCGGCUUGCAGGCAGCAGCCAGAGCUUUGGCAGAAAAGAACCCUUCACUCCAAUGCAGCGCAGAAGUUGGAGUGAAUGCUUAUGUGUCCAUGCACGUUCCCUUCCUCCCUGAGGCAGAGAGGCGCGACACGCGAGCCGUGGCUCGGACUUUCUGCCCAGAAUUUGAGCACCACACUGAGUUCCCGUGCAAUCUCGUGGUCCAGAGGAGCAGCGGAGAAGCCUGUUGUCUAGGAGAGCUCUUGCAGCUUUCAGAGAUCACCUUUUCCAUCUUUCACAAGAACGUGGACUCGGCAUCAUAUGGAACAAAACCUCAGACUUCAAGGGAUUAUCUGCUAGGAACUGUCAAGGUUCCAACCAGAGAUCUGUUGAUCAGAAGAUCAGGUAUCAGAGGCUGGUUCCCGAUAACUCUCCCAGAGGAUCUGAUGCCUUCUCAUUGUGCAAAUAUCUUGCAAACCAUAGUUGGCGGCCUGGAGCUUUCUCUUACAUUUGCUCAUCCUGGGGACCGAGAACGUGUUCUGGAUGCUGCUACGCUCUUAGGCUGGAAUUUGGAGGAAGCCAAAACUGAGAGUCUGCCGGGCAGUAGUGAGAGUGAAUGCCAGCCAACUCCCAACCCAGCAGUGGUGACUGUUUCCAUCCCUCGGCUGUGGCUACCACUGCAUUGCGUGUUACUUGCAGGACAGACGCACUUGCACAAAAGCGUCCAUUGCUACCUUCGAUAUAAACUGUACGACCAAGAAGCCACAUGGACGUCACUUAGGAGGCCCAAAUUAUCUGAAGACCAAAAGCACGUGACCGUGAGCUUCAAGAAAAGCAAACAAAUGGAUCUCCUGUGGAGCCAAGCGUUACUGUGGUACUUCAAGGAGGAAAGACUGGAGCUGCAAGUGUGGCGGGCUUAUGGGAACGAAAGCCACACAGAGAGGCCUCUGGAUACGGAUCGACUGAUUGGGUCGGCCUAUGUGGACCUUGCCGCGCUUGGAGAGAGCUCAAGGAAGAAAAGGACAGUUAGCGGUGUCUUCUCCUUGUUCCGCCGCAAUGCCUCAAACUUGUUGGGAGCCGCUGUGAGAGUUCACAUUGUGGUAGCUUCCACCAGCCCCUCCAGAUUUGAACCAACUGAAGACGGCGGCAGCAGCUGCAGUGAUCGUGAGGAAAGCAGGAAGGGGCCCGAGCAAGACUCGAAACCUCACCUGGAACCUGAUCCCUCAGUUGUGGAGAUCCUCAGUGAGAAGCCAUCUGAGGAGUCUCCCCCCGCAGUGGAUCAUGAACAAACGUUUGCUGUCAGUAUCCUUGUGGAAAGAGCCAUGCACUUAAGUUUAAAAGGGAGUCCUCUCACCGAACGUGGAGUAACGGCACCCAGUAGCUACGUGUCCUUUGUUGCUGCCGAUGCUGAUAACCUCAUUACCACAGAAAUAGUUGGAAAUACGGACUCACCUGUUUGGGACUUUCAGCAGCAGACUAGACUCUCCAAAGAGCUUCUGUUGGAUCCGCAGCAAACACUCGUCUUCAAAGUGUGGCAUAAAGCAGAUGUUGAACGGGUGAUUGGCUUUGCCUCAGUGGAUCUCUCCCCCCUCCUCUCUGGCUUCCGGUUAGUCUGUGGCUGGUAUAACAUCACGGACUUCAGCGGACAGUGUCAAGGGCAGAUCAAAGUUGCCGUUUCCCCCCUUGAAAGCAUCACUCAUCUCAGAGGAGAAAGGCAGGCAAGAAGCCAGACAAAAGCUGCAGGAUCUUCAAUUCCAACAACCAGCCCUUUUGCGCUCCAGGUGAGGGACUUGUAUGCUGCGUUUCCCAGCUUCUCCACAAGAGGCACCGGCGACCUUUUAUGCUCCUCAUUGAAGGGCCCUGAUGCCACCAAUCAGGAGAGGGUUGGAUCCUCCGGGUCCUGGAUGCCUCGUCAUGAAGAGCAUGUGCAGAACAUCCGCCGAUUCCAUGAGUCGCUGCAGCAAGCGGAAGGGAACGCACACCAGUGUGGAAGGCUGGAUUCCUUCUCCCCUUCCUCGCACACUUCCCUUCUCGGAACUCUCAAGAGAAACCUGAGCGAGCUGGAUGAGAUUCAGAGGUACUUCGGUCAAAAGCUAACCAGAUCUUAUCCUGACUUGGGUGCUCCGUGCAGAAAUGUGGGUGAUGAUCUUGGUGCAAGUCACCAGAGUCCUGCCUCCAGAGUGGUAGAUUCAGAAGGAUGUCAUCUGCUGGAGAAGUCCAGGCAUCUGGUUUCGCAAGUCAGCAGCCUGAUUGUUGACUUGCAAAGCAAUGUAAUGAAAAAUGCUGAAGAAUCCCCAGGAGCCGGUGGAAAUGGUAGCAGAUACUCCAGUGCCAAUGGCUCCCUUGGUGGGGUUCUGGACCAGAGAGAAGAAGCUGCUAGGACUGAGAUGCCCAAAGGCCAUGCAAGGAACGAAGCCCCCAGUGCCUCUGUAGACAAAGAGCCUCCACUCCCUCUUGGGAAAUCUCCUUACAGAGUAGGCAUGCUGUACGAAUUCCUUGGCCAAGCCACAUCCCAAAGUGACCCUCCCUUAUCUGUUCCCCUUAGCCCUAGAGGGGAAGAUGCUGUUCAGUCCCACAGUGAGGAGGAGGAAGGGGAGUAUGAAGAGGAUGUCAUAGAGCCGAAAACGCUGAAUGAAAUCACCACCAUGACGGACAAAACCAGUCCCUGGUCCAGCCUUGUCUCUGAAGCAGAGGAGGAUUCUGGCCAAGAAGCAGCAAUCGCAAGGAGUUCUGACCGUCUUGCAGGGACUGAUGAACAUUCACUUAAAGGGGGAAGUGUCAGAAGCAGCUCUGUGUCCAGCGUAACCCCAGAUGACCCUCAGAGCGUGCCCAGUACCUCUAGGUCCAGUGACAGCCCCUUUAGGGAAGAUGGGGGUGAUGAAUAUGUGCGAAGGCAAAGCCUUGAGGGUGGUCCAGAAGAGCUGUUCCAACUUGCUCCCAUCUCGGCUGCAAAUCAAGCAAAGGAUGGGCCUGCAGAGGGACAAAGGUCAGGUGAGGAAGGAGCACUGGAAAUCCAGGGCAGAGGAGCAGAUGGAAAGCCACAUAUUUCGUGCCGAGGUGGAGGAGACUCUGCAGCCACUCAGGCCAUUGCCCCAGAGAUGGGGGAGGGGAGAGUGGGAUUGCAGGGUAGUCCCCGAGGGGAGGAAGGAACUAAGUUGAAUGCAGAGGAUUGCCCUGGAGUAGCAGAAGUGGGACAGCAUUCUGGAAGCUGCUCUGACGAGAGUCACGAAAACCCACCGGAAGAGUCCAGUAAGCCUCUUCGGAAGCCCAGCGUGCUGCUAUCUGACCCUGUGGUCGUCCCCAACUUCUUCCUUCCUCCGCAACAUCUGGAAGCCUCCAUGCGGCUGCUCAGCGUGUCUCCUCCUGCUGCCUUGGCCCCUGCUAGCAAAGCUGGAAGUGGUGCCGUUGCCGCUGCUGGGAGAAUCCCGUACCGAAGGCAGAACCGUCACAACCUGAGCAUGACGCCAGCUGAGGUGCCAGAAGAGGAAAUGAAAAGGAUCGCUAGAAUAUUUUCAGCACAGUUCUCAAAAAAACAAUAGCACAGUGAGUGGGCAGGGAGGCCCAGCAGCCUUGGCUCCAACGCUGGAGCUCCCUGCAGAGACAGCAGCUUGGCCUUGCUGGAAACAGCUGGCUCGUUUGAGGUGCUUCAGAAGGCACGUGUCCCGGCAGCCCAAAUCCGGUGUGAUUCUGAGAAGACUAUAAAGACCUGUACAAGCCCUCUUUGUAUGCAUAGAAGUUCUGUAAUGGUGUAAAAGAGGGAGAUGUGUCAGUUAUCGUAUACCCAAGAGACAGCAUGUGUGCCUGUCCCUCCUAGGAAGACACUUGGAGUUAGUCAAAUCAGCCAGGUAGUUAGGGUAUGGGCACAGCAGCAAUGGUUGCACAGUUUGGAUCUGAGCUUGAAGGUGCCUUUGUCCUUGCCCCUCACUGCAUUCAGCUCCUUCUCCUCACCUGGGUUCUUGCGUUACUCUGCUGCAGCGUGAGUUGCUGCUGGUGCUGCCAAGACACAUGAAAGGCCCUGGACCACCCUGCAAGGAGUCACCCAGGAUGGCCCUCCCCAUUAUCGUGCUGCUAACCCGGAGUUCCAAAGUGUGUUGAGGAGGGGCUGCUGUAAGGUCUGUGGCUUGCCUGGCUUUACUGUGGCAGCCUUGAGAAGGAGCAGCACUGGAACGGUGACCGUGCCACCCACGUAACACCAAUACCAGGCUUCCAGCGGUAGCACCAGCUCUUCCACACAGCCAGCCUCUUUUGCUUUGAGACACUUGACAAAUUUCCUUCCUUUUGAUUCCGAAAUAUCAAACCUCCUAAGUAUCCACCUCUCCCUACCUCUAAUUUAUAAAGAGUUGGGUUGUUGUUGUUUUUAAGGCCGACUUGGAUUUUCUUUUUCAAGCUAAGCAAUGGAAAUAAAAUCUAUUUCAUAUAGAAAUACCUUUUCUGGGCAGAAGAGUGUGAUCUGUGAAAGCCUAGUGUGGGAGAUGAAAGUUGAUAUUUUGCUUUUCUUAUCCUUAUAACACAGCCCAGGGUUCCAAUCCUGAAGGUAGAAUGUACAAGGUGAAAAAUGCCUUGUUUUGCACUUAGUAUUUUUUGCAAGACUACAGUUCCCACCUUGAGUACGGGUCUCGUGUGCAUCUGAAUACUUUUGACAACAUACAAAAUGGCAACGCAAGGACACUGGCCUCAGACUAAGACUCUGCAGGGACUCAGAUGAGCCAGGGCUGUUCUCUUCUUUUCAGUAUUGUGAAAUGCUCUGUGAAUGUGGAGAUUUCCUCGGCAUUGGGCAGAAAGGGGCACCCUCUGUUUGCACACUUUGCAAAUGCGCAUCCCAGUUGAGUUGUGCAAAUUGCACACCACUGAAUCAGAAUUGUGAAUAUAUUGAUAAGAAACAAGUACUUUUUGUUAAAUAUAAGUAAUAUUGUGGAUAUAAAUUAUUUCACGUAUUUACAUCAAAAAAGCUCAUCAGAUCUUGAAAAGUUACAGUCCUAAAUGGAAACCAUGCUAAUUUAUUUGUAAAGGGUCACUUUUUAACAGUUAUGAAUCUUUUACACAAUAAAAUGACAUUUAUAUUUUUGUGA